UUUUGUACGUUCUACAUUCUGAUCCGAGGAUCAGCUGGAGGCGGCAGUAAACAGAACAGAACGUCGAUCUGCAGGGAAUAAACGAAAAAUAGGAAAGCUGCAGAUGUUUUGAUCUGAAGAGAAACGUCGGUGUAAAAUAUUACAUGAAGUCCUUCUUCUGAGAAGAAAGCCAUUUAUUUUUUUAUUAUAGUGUUAUAACUACCUCACUUAAAGGCUACCUAAAGCUAUGCUUUACGAGUUGUUGUCGUUUCUACUUUGUGUGUGAGAUCACGUUUACAACUUGAAUUAUAUUACAAAGGCAGGCCUUUGCUUCAAAACCAAGUGAAACCUUACAUUUGCACUACGGAAGCCUGCACACUCCUGUCCAGCAAGCACAGGGAUCCAGCAGCGGAGCAAGCUUAGGAAACAAAUUAAAUAAAUAUAUCAAACACAAGUAACAAGCAACAAAAUUGGUCAAUAAAUAAGACCAAAAAAACAAAAGGCAGCUACAGCUUUGUUUAGCGGAUCAAAAACCAAGAGACAUCAGAGGGCCCGGGUCCAACGGACAGCAGGGAGAGCAGCAGCCAUGUUCCAGCGCCUGAGCAGUCUGUUCUUCGGAGAGGUGGAGGAGGUGGCCGCCGAGCUGAAGGGGGAGAACCCCUGUGUGACGGAGGCAGACGAGGAGGGCUGGAUGCUGGUCAACUUGCCUGUGGAAGCUGAUUGCACGAUCCCGCUUGAGGGUGAGCGGGUGGUACAAUCAUGUCCGGGCAACGUACAACUGAACCGUCAGGACAACAUGCAAACGACACUCGCAGAGACCGAGUGGCCCCGCCCACCUCUCAAGCGUCGCAGGACACACAGAGGCCGGGCGCGAGAGCUCGAGACGCCGCUAGGCCCGUGUGCCAAGUCCCGGCCCCGGGUCUCGGGGGCCUCGACGCCCGGGACCCUGUCCAGACGGGCCGAAGGGUCGGCGCUGUCCGCGUCCCCCGGAUCCGGGCGUGAAUGUGGCGGCGGUGGGGGUGGUAGCAGUAGCGCAGGCUCGGAAAGAGGCUGCAUGGAUGAGAGUUGGUUUGUCACCCCUCCCCCCUGUUUCACUGCAGAGGGCGCCACUGCCGAGGCCAGCCCCAUGGAGGACCUGCUCAUCGAACACCCGAGCAUGUCCGUCUACGUCUCCCCCAACAACCUCUCCAUGGUCUCCAACGGCAACCUUUCCGUGGUGGGGGAGGAGAGCGUGAGCCUGGCAGGCAGCAUGAGCAGGGUAGCCGACCAGCCCGCCGCUCCCGCCAUGCCCACCAGGGCGAGCCGUGGAGCCGCUGCCCAGGCCGGAGCCCUGGCCAAGGUCACCCAGGUGGCACGGGUCCAGCGCGGGAAGGCACGCAUCGAGAGGCGCCACCUGGGUCGCAACCGCAUCCAGCGCCAGAACCGCGUCAGGGAGCAGGUUCCACGCCACGCCGCACACGCCAGAAACACCUUCCUACAACAGCCCGGAAACCGCAGCGUCUGCCAUUAGUCCUCGCCGGGGAGGGCCGUUUACUCUGAAGGCAUUUCUAGAUCAUAGUCACACCCAGGGUACGCAUACAUGCUGUACAAGGUCAUUCACAUACAGAAGAUGGGACAUCAACACGUUGCACCUAGACAGAUACACCCCAGGCUCUGAAGGCUUAGUCACAAACUGCUACAAUGUCACCCCGAAUUAGCACUAGCUUCAUUCACCCAAUACAAAUAUUCUGAGUUAAUUUUUCUUCUCUUAUAUAAAACAUGAUUAGGAAUGUAAUACAAUGUUUAAAGUCACUGUAGAUCUGCAAAACAACAAAUAUAAAUAUGAAUGUCCCCGGACUUUAAUAAAAUAGUACUAUAUUAGUUUGUUCUCAAUUUACCCUGCAACUGAAACCUAAAGGAUGUUCAUUUACCAAAUAUUUUUUAUUUUAUUAUAUUCCGGAUAUUAUUGUUUACGUUUGGUGGUAGUUAUAUUAAUUCUAAGAAAAAAUUAAGGGUGUACUUUCUCUGUUAAUCAGAAUUAAUUUUGUACAGUAAAAUACAUUAGAUUGAAUAAUGUAAUGAAGUUGAGAUUGAAUGGGAUUGUACCAAAACCUCAUUCUCUUUUUGUUUUUGAGAGUAAGAGGGAUGUACCACUAUGUAGCAAGUGAGGAGGAAAUGCCAGAAAUGUGCUUGUGUUGGACUGGCCUCUUCUCAUGAUAAUAUAUCACGUUAUAUUAGAAAAAGAGAAGCUGAUGAGAUGAAAAAGAGGUAGUCAAUUUACUAAUCUGAAACAACCGUUGGCAUUUCACCUCUUAUCGCUGUUUGAAAGAUAUAAGCAAAGUAGAGGAUGGGAAGAGGAUGAACAAAAAUACAAUGAGUUGCAUUAGUUGAUACUGCAAGAGGAGGGUGUGGUUAGAUAAGGUAGAUAAAGUAAGUGUAUUGUGGCUCUCUGUGCAGCCUAUGAGUUAACAACCUUGUUAAUGAGUCUGUGUGAUGACAUCACUAUAGGAACCAGCAAGUGGCAUAGGAUUAAUAACAAUAACAACCAGCACAUUAAUAAGGUGGUUUCUAAAACAUAAUAACUAGCAUGAUGUCACCAUGAACUCUCGUUUUCUGUGUCUGUGUAAGAGACGUAUAAGAUAUACUUGACAAAAGCUUUGACCAAAUGUAAGGCUCGUGGCAUGGCAGGAGGCUACAAUGUAGGGCAGGGUAAAGGAGGUCCAGAGUGGUAUGGAGGGCAGUUUUAUAACAUUGUUUUCUGUUCAUCAUCUUUCAUUCAGACAUCAUUCGUUCCCCGUUGGAUGUCCAAGGAUAUUCAAAACUUUACACAUUCUUUCCCCCUGAGAAACACGGAAAGUACACUUUUAAUUAACGUUAUUUUAACCGAAUGAACUGAAAAAUCAUCUGUGAGGAGGGUGCUUCCAGAAAGAAUUUUUUUUUUUUUAAAAGCCCAGCACAUGUCAUCCCAGUGGUGCGCGCGUGUUGUUAAUAUUGUGACAUCCGUGAAAACACAAAAAGAAAUGGCUAAGAUUUACUCAAUGUAUUCCUUACCACUGCAGACAAACAAAAUGCUUAGGAUGAUGACGAUGAGAAGAAACAUGAGAUUAUCCGCCCCUGACACACACACACACACACACACACACACACACACACACACACACACACACACACACACACACACACACACACACACACACACACACACACACACACACACACACACUUGAUCAGGCUGUCCUUCAUUGGUGACAGGCUCUCUCUAUUUUUUUCUUUUGCACUUUUGGCCUCUCUCUCUCUCUCUCUCUCUCUCUCUCUCUCUCUCU